UCGCCCGUGGGUAAUGAACGCACUUAUAACACGGGUGGACUCUGUUCGCGGGACACUACAGGCGGGCUGGCUCAGACGGGACAGAGGCGUUGUCUGCGGCUUCAGGGUUCUGAAUAGCGCUGCUGGGACUUUGAUCAUGUGACUUUGAAGCCGUCUCUAAGGACGCAUCCACUUGUCAUGCGCUACUCGGAAGUGUUUUCCGACGAUGGGACGCAAUCAUUUUUUUCGCGGAUCUUUCGUGCGUACACGGCAUGUAAAUCAUAUACCUGAGACUGCUCUCUAUUAACCCUGAAAUCGGCAGCCAACAAGCCGCAAGCACCCGCGGUUCGAGGACGAAGCGAGAGAAGGAGCAUAUAUAUUGAUUCGGUCCCGCGGAAGGGAGAGCAGGAAAGAAGAUGUUUCGUCAAAUAGCUCAAAUUAGACGUCCCGGUGUAAUAACAUCCUCGACAAAAGACGACCAAUAAAAAGCUCUACUUCACGUCGUGUGUGAUAUUGAUGUUCCAGUCAAUAUGGCGGAUCUCGGGAAGAAUCGUGAAGAGGCGACAACUCCCAUGAAGAACAAUGGCAGCCAACGAUUUGAUGGCUCGCAAUUUCAUGACAGCCCAACCACAUCCACGCCAAUACAUCUGGAAGACGUCAAAACCCUUCUGGAGAACAGUACCCACAACCAAAUAAUACUUCACCCCACACAGUCCCAGCUUUCACAAGUGAAUGGAAGAUCCGGACUGAUUCUGGAUGGUGGGGAAGGCGAAAAAACUGUCCCUGUCGUCCCCCCUUCCCCUGCCUCCAUUUUACGCGCGUCUCCGGCGGCAGAACAUUCAGAGGGUAAUGUGUCCCUUGGUGAGGGCCAUUAUUCUGGGAGUCUUGUUGAAUCUCAGGGAUUUAUUACUCGGGAACAAAGGAAAAUUCUUUCUUCCUGGAACGCGACGAGCACUUCGGGGUUUUUUGAUGACAGAAACUCGACGAUGACGUCAUCAGUUUUAGUGCAUUCCAACAACACCCAAGACAUUACGACAGCGGUCAACUCGAAAGACACGACGGAAACAUACGUUCCAAUUACGGCCACGACCUCUCUCAAUGACACAUGGCAAUUUUCGAAUUCAAGAACUUUUGAAGCAUUAAAACCUGAACAGUGGCUGUCUUCAGACAGCGUUCGGUCAUCAAAAAAUGGUUCGAAUUCAUUAUGGAACAAUACGGUUAUCACAACGGAAUCUCUCUUUCAAAACGCCCCAACAUCCCCAUCGUGGUCGUUUCUUUCUCCUAGCUCAAGCAAUGUCACGACAAUGAAAAACUUCACUGCAACCUUGAACUUCUCAUCGCAAGCCACGAGUGCAGCAGGGGAUGAUAUCCAGAAACAUUUAGCGGUAACAUCCGAUUCCGCCAUGGAUAUUUAUUUCGUCACUUCCGGAGAACCACCCCUGGACGAGGUCAUGACCCACGACAGUGAGGCAUUGUGGGAGCUUGUAGUAAAAGUGGUCGUCCUUGCCCUCAUCUCUGUGUGCGGCUCGCUGGGAAAUGUCAUGGUCAUUUGGAGUGUGGUCAGGGAGCGCCAUCUGCACCGCCCACCAUUCUACUUCCUGUUGAGUUUGGGGGUCACAGAUCUGUCACGCGCAGUCUUCUGCGUACCAGUAGUGAUUACAACGGUUCUGCAUGGCUCUGUCUGGAGACACGGAGACUCAGCCUGCAAGUUGUUCGCCUUCGCCACGUCUUUCUUCGUGUUCAGCUCCGCCUUGUCUCUCCUCGCCAUCUCCAUAGACCGCCACGUCUCCAUAGUCUACUCCAAAACCUACCGGCGACGCGCUCCGGGACUCGCCAACCUCGUGGUGGCUGUGGUCAUCUGGCUCGUCGCUUUCUGCGUCUCCUUCCCACCGGUGGUGGGUCUGGGAGAGUACGUGUUCAUUCCCGGGGAGGCGCAGUGUGCUUUCCAACACCGUCACUACUCCCACAACGAUUCCGUGGCGUCGGUCCUGGUUUUUCUCGCCAUCAUGUUCCUCGCCUACUUCCUCUACUUCCGGAUAUUCAAAUUCCUGCGCGCGCAUCGGCGCAUGCGCCCUCUGCAGCAUCAGCCAGCGCAAAGUUCCUCCUGGGCGUUUGUGGGUCCCGGCGCUAAUGGACAAGCUUUCAUCAACUGGCUGAACGGCUUUGGAGGUCAAGCUCCGAUACGCCAAGGCGGACAGCGAGCUGUGCAGAGACUCAACUUCGGCCGUGUAGUGAACUUGUCUACAGCAAAGAACGAACACUUGACUCGCCUUUUUCUUACGCUUUCUCUCAUAUUCGGAGCAAUGUGGACUCCGUAUGUCCUUCUGUCCUUGUGGAGGAUUUUCGGGGAUGCGUCUGUACUGCCGGACGCCUUUGUCACUGUCGCGGCGUGGCUGGGCUAUGGCCAGGCGGCCGUGUGUCCUCCAGUCUACUUCCUUAGUAAAGGGCCCACUCGGAAAACUAUGAGGACCGUUUACUCGCCAGCUGAGAAGAAGGAAUUUCUUCUGGAGAACAAGAUACGGAAAUAAAAGUGAGAUUAUGUGAUUGUAAUGGUUUGUGUUUUACACGGCUUUCAACACAGUGUGGUUUAGUUAAAAGACGGAGAGUUACUUUAUCUGCAGGUGUCAUCAUUAGAUGUGCAUGGUUGCAGUUGAUGCAUGCUUCAUCAAGGGUCUCCACUCCCUUCUAUCGUUUGUUACAGCAGUGAGGUUACAUAAGAUAAGAUAGAUAAAUGUCACUGUCCAUCUACAAGAAAAUUCAGUUCAGCUUUACAAAUGACAAAAACUUACAAACAUAAAUACAUAGAGUGUGAUGUAAAGCGUGGUUAUGCGCUGUGUAAGUGGAAUUAGUAUUAUUUAUUAUUAUAUUUGCAUUCGCCUUGUAAAACUUGAUUACUUCUCAGAAACACCAUGGAGUCUGUUACAGUACAAGAAAUGAGUGGGGGGGGGGGGGUAUGAAAUGGGCUGGUCAGAAUGGCUGUGCCAUUAUGUUGGUUUUAACGAUUAUAUAAAAAAGAAUAGACUACCAUGAUCGUCAGUGUCUACUCCAGACCUGACAUCUGAAGAAGACAAUAAAAGGAAAGCUUCGUUGGCUUGGGUGGGAAACAUUAUGAAUUAAAAUUAUAAUAUUAGUUAAAAUGAAUCCGAUGAAAAGUUUAAUUUAACAUCUCUCAUUCUACCUUCAAUAUAUGUAUUUUCUUCCAGCUUCUAUACCACAGGUUUAUUAGCACAAUACCUCAAAACUGCGUCAAAAGGCUGUAUACAUCCUUACACCUUUAAUGUUGGGAAGUUUCAGUUUCGGCCUUACCUGCUGUCACCGACACCGAGACCGCUACGUUUUGGCUCAUUAUGAUUAACCAGGGUUAUUUAUUGCUUAAAAGAUUUCUCGAUAAUGCUCAAAAGAAAUCAAAGUUUAUUUAGUUUGAAGUUUUGUUUUUUUCUGUGGGGAGAGCUGGUUGUCGUUCCUGGCCAGCUCGCUCCAUCUCAGCCCAGACAGGUCCAGUGUAAUGAUUGUGUUGAGUGUUAACUGUUAUACCGAGUGCACACUGCCAAUCGAAUUCCGUCGAAUGAGUCGAGUCCAGCCAGGUUUUCCUCCAUGGAGGGGCACGAGCUAUCGUUUCCACAAGAUACGACUCGCAACCUUGCAUAAGAAUCGAAUUUGAUUUUGAGGGUCACGGUCGAACUCAGCCGAAUUCAGUGGAAUAGUACCAACAUGGUAACUUUUGCUCCUCCUUUGAGAAAAAUCAAGCUGGCCCCAACUUAGUUAUACGAAUUCAAUAGGCAGUUUGGCUGGGUAUGAAUGUCGACCGUGUGACAGGAAGAAAUGAUUUAGGCUCAAAGCACAGAGCUAGGUAAAAGAAACAGAAGGGGCACUGGCACCAGAUGUUAAUCCAAAAUGUGUGAUAAGUUACGGAAUUUGAUGAAAUUACAUCUUCUUUCACCACGGUCUCUUACUGGUAUUAUUUUUUCACAGUGGCAAAGAAAUCCUUCCUUAUAUCUCUAGCAACGCUGCGAAAUACGCAGGCGUUGCCAAAUUCAUGUACCUUAAGCUUGUAUUUAUUUGUUGAUUUUUUUUUUCUAAAUUCUCUGUUUUUCACACACAAUCCCCCUUUUUAAACAUUCUAUUAAUACCUUUUUCUUUUACACAUUCAUGGCACUGUCGCUUUCCUGUAAAUGUGAGGGGCGAAAAAUUCUUAGUUUUGAAGCAGUCCAACUGUAUUAUGAAGUUACUUUUCCAAGUGUGUCCAUUCAAAGAUCGAGUUCGAUUGUAAGAACAAUAACCAUUCUGAGAACCUUAUUGGACCUUCUAUCAUUUUUCUAGUUCUGUAAGGGGAUUGAGUGUGUGAAUGAAAGAUGCAAGAGGCCAAGUAAGCUUGUCGAUAAACAUAAAGGCAAUAUAUUCUUUUCGUUUUUCAUCGUUGGAAAUUGUAGGACACCACUCCCCAGCUUUUAUCUUUAUUAUUGAUUUCAAAAUAACAUGAAUAGUGUUUCUUAAAAUGUGCACUCGAGUUGUGACUAUCUGCACCACUUUUUAUGUGUAUGUCUGUAAGUAAAUAUCUGUAUGCAUUCGAAAGCUUGGGUGUCUGUCCGUUAUAAUGAUUUAUAAUAUUUGGCAAGAAAGUAAAGUGUGCGAAAGAAAGAGAGCGAGAGAAAUAGA